AUGGAGGAGCUACGGCCGCAGCCGCAACAGGCUGCGGGGACUGCAUCACACGAGGAUCAGCGGCAGGUGCCGGAGACCCGGGAAGAGAAGGAGGGGAAGAGUUGGCCGGGGUGGCCUGACUUUCGGCAACAUCGGCGACGGCCAUAUGAGGAGAAGCGGGCGGCGAUGGCAACGGAGAAGAAGGAUGAGGGAAAACGACCCCAAGCAGUGGCGCGGUUGAUCCCGAGCAAGAGGGAUUCCCCAUCGCUGGCGAGCGACCCCACGGCGAAGGAGCGGGGGCAAUAUCUUUGGGAAGCGCGAGCAGCUACACCUCCGGCAGCCACCAGCGCGGCGCGCCUCCUCGAGUCAUGUGGUGCCACCCCUCGUAGCCACCACUGCCGUCGGCGACCUACCGUAGAGUUGAGAAAUCUUACCGACGGCACCGAACUUCUAUUCCGGUGA